AACCGUGCACAGUAUAAUAGGGACGUAGCCGAUCGAUACGAACGCGAAAGGACGAUGCCCGAUUUCGAUUUCCCUCCGAGAAGCGACUACGGGGUUGCUGUAAGGGUGCAACACGUGCAAUUAUACAGGGCUGCAGAUUUUCAGAAGCAAAGCGUGGGGGUGCAAAACGCACGCACGUAGACUCAUUGUUUACUGGUUUCAGGUAUCACAAGAUCGAUAGUAGACGCGAGGGAGCCGAUAUUGUUAAAAGUUGUCGCUCCUUCGUCCCACACAGCCUUGUCCGGCGAUGUGACAGUCUUUAUCCUAGAUUCGGCGGAAGUGGAAUCUUCUACGACAUCCGUCAAUACCGUGGCCACCAGCACAAAUGGCACGAAGAAAGAUGAGGAAGGUAAAAUCGAUCUGGAGAAGAACGAAGUUAAUGAAAGUCACGAGCCGCUCGUGCUUAGAGUACUAUAUGUCGAUGGCCUCACGUCGGAAUUGAUCGGUGAUUUUUCUCUCGAUACCUUGCCGCAUAAGGGUGAGAAUAUUUCUGUGAUAAUACCUUGUGGUGUCUUCUCGCGCGGCGGAAUUUAUACACUACGACUUCAGUACAAGUUCUCAACCGUGGCUGCCAGACACAACACUGCCAUUGCUGGGCUGCCCGAAAUUGAGAUGAGCAGUGCCUUAGAUGUAAAGUGGCCAAUCCCUUCUCUGCUCCUGGAAUCCCAACACUUCGGUACAUAUCCUAGUCAGCCGGUAAUAGCAACGAUAAAGUACAAUGGAAUCUCAUGUGUGCCUGCCAACGGCAUUCCCGUAGCUGCUUAUAGUUUGCAACUCAUAUACUGUGGUACCACCGACGCCGCCUGCGAUCCACAAAACAACAGUCGCACGCAAGUGCUCUAUUACGAGGAGAUAAACGGCUUCACUUCGCCAAAGGUCAUCGAACUGAAGUGCGAUUUUUUCGGCCUGGCUGGAAAUUACGCGCUUAGAUUAAAGGCUUCGGACGUUAACCCUUCCGCGCCGACGACCAGCGCUUACAUCAAGGUUGAAUGGUCCGACGAGUUCAGCUUCAACGUUCACGCAAGAUCGAUAUACCCGUGCGAGGGAUCGGCAGGCAUAUCGGUCCUCUUCCAAUACCCGGCGUGUCGUCUUCAGGGUGAUCGCGUGCGCGUUUAUGGCCGCCUCAGGGCGGAUGUAAGCUCCCUGGCGCCGCCGUCCGCGUUGCAUUACAUCGCGGAAUUGAAGGCGGCGCCGGGCAAGCACUCGUUGAACUUCGACUGCGAUAUCUUCACCGAGAAAUUCAUCGAGUACUGCUUCGUUUACGUGAGCCAGGCGAUCACCGGCGCGAUGGCGGAAGUAAAGCUCGCGUGCAUACCCACCUUCCCGCUUCUAGAAAACGAUGCGGCCGGUUGGGGUCCUUGGAGCGCCUGGAGUCCUUGCAGCAGCUCUUGUGUGGGUGGAACGCGUAAUCGAUAUCGAUUCUGCGAUACUCCACCCCCGAAAUACGGGGCGAAAUUUUGUCAGGGAAAAGCGGUCGAGACAGAAUCGUGCGGCGGCACCGGCAGGAUCGAUUUUCGAGAGGCGUGGAACACUGAGGGAUGGGAGUGCCGACACGGAACGACAUUAGCGGCCAUGAGACCGGAAGUCACAGCUCAGAUCGGCCUUCAGUGUCGAUGCGGUUGCAUUAUAAAUUUCCACGAUCAAAUCUUGAGCAAGAUCCUUGCGGCGAAUACACAAGCCUGUCCAGGUCGAUCCUUCUGGCUGCUGCAGGCAAAAUCGGAUUAUGUGAUUCGACUGCACUUGGACCAAACGCAGUUUCCCUGUCCAGGGCAAUAUUUUCGCGCCCGCGAUGGUGAUUCGCGAAGCGCGGAACUCUUGACGGAUAUCGCGUUUGACAAGAGCGCGCCCUCAACGGGGACGAUAUUUUCCUCAGGUCAAAACUUGCUGUUGGAGUUCUUCAGCGACGAGUCGGUCGCUUCGGGGGACUCCUGCGUGGGUGGUUUUCUGGGACACGCGAGCAUGUUUCAAAAAUUAUAUGAAAAGAAUAAGACGUCGAUCUCUUCGGAAACGAGUUCUACUCCUGCUGUUGAACGAUGGAUCUUUUGGGGACCUGCGCAUUUGGCGACAGCAUCCUUUUUGAUACUCAUAUUCUUUAUAUCUAUUUUUCUAGCAUUGCAAUUUGCGCUGAAAUAUAGAAAAUAUCAUAUCGCGGAAGAUUUGGAUACUCUGAGCGAGCACUCCGGAUGUAGCGAUACGAUGGGACGAACCAAAUCGAUGUCUUCUACGACAUUAAUCUCGGAAGUCGCAUCUCUAGUGGGAUUGCCAAGAAAAUGUACACCAAGACUUUCAAAACGCAAGCUGGCUCCCUGUGCGGUGGAGGAUGGUUACGAUAGUUCAGAAACUUUGGCAGAAUACGAGGAUGAAACUAGCUUGAGCUCUACUACUUUGAAAUUUAAAGAUAACGAAGAAAGCUCUAUGGAGAGAAGCAUAAUACCAAAUAAACUCCAUGUUAAUGAAACACCACCGACAGUAUCAGCCAUUAUGGCAGUUGGUCAGCCAGAAGUAAAAUAUGCCCAACCAGUCAAAUUACGCACUCUGGGAUCUAACAGCCCUACAGCGGAGAAGCUGAUGUCGGACGAAACAAGAUAUCAAAGCACAGCGAGCAUCAUCGACAGUCCUCAUAUUGCAAGACUUCAUCGUUAUACGUCCAAUUCUUUGCAAUCUAAGGAUUCGUCGACGAGCAGUCCACUGUCAAGCGUUUCUACGUUGCGCAGCGGUAAGGAGACAAAGAAUCGUCGAAAUCGUGAGCGACUACUCCAAGGACCGGGUUCGGAGUUCAGCCUGACUAAUCCGGAGACGGAUAUGGAACUGGACUAUUACGAUUACAACGUAGCGAACGCCGGCGCUGCGCCGGGCUCGUACUUAGGUAUGGAUCCAGCUUUUCUCCUAUGGAUUCCCCCGUUGUCGAUGUCUGAGGAUUCUGAAGGUCCGUCUGCGGAUCGACCGGAUUGUUUUCAAGGCAGGACGACGAGUCCGGCAUUGUUCCGACUGCCGGAGGAGAUCAUCGAGGGCGCGACCCUGACCCCGGCCGAGUAUCGGCGUAUGCGACAACAGCUCGCGUCUGGUGUCGAGGAGACAAGACUGAGCAGCUUCGAGCAGAAACGUCAAGACUCGACGUCCUCGUCAUCGUCAUCGAAGAACGAUUCGUCGGUUGGUAGCGUCCUGUCCGAGGAUAGCAUCAGCAGCGAGGGCAGAGCCGCCAGGCUGAACGAACGCUUGCUGCCGAUUCACCGGAUCCUGGAGGACUCCAGGACCCGGGUGAGCGAGGAAUCCUUGUGCGGUCAGCUCGCGACCGACAGGACGCAAUGCGUCAUUCCCAAUCGCCUUCACGUCACUAAAUUCGAUCUUUCCCAGGAGCAGGAUGCUCCAUCGAGAAGUAGUCGGCGGGAUAGUUGUGUAAAUAUCGCCGAUAACGUGGCAAAGUCGGAAGAUAAAGCGGAGAAAUCAAAGCAAACCUUGAAGAGACAUGCUGAAGAUGCGAUACCUCAUCAUCACGCUACUUCGAGGUCGUACGUAAAUCAAAAGACGAAGGAUGUUUCCCAAGAGGACAAGAGGAAUCGUUAUUUCAAGAACGAGAACACGUCCAGUAAGUCAUCCGGUAAAUCGAGUUCGAAGACACAAGGCUUCGUGGAUGGCAGAGAGAAGGAUCUUCAGGAUGCCAAAGACGAUUCCAGAUCGGAUGUCCUUUUGACGAAUCUGAAUGUAACCAGCGGCCAGUGCAAGUACCGAGAUUUCAUGCAAUUCACGCAACCUCGAGAGGCCAAUAAAUUGUUGGAUUCCACCAACAUUCCGAUGAUCGAGUUCUCGGGGCCGCGAUUAAAUUCGCCGGCGGCAGCUCGAAAACUGACGACGGACAAUCUCAACAUCAGCCUGUCCAAGAAGGAGAUUCAGAGUCCGGAUUACGGGGUCGAGAGUGAUAUAAAGGUGGAAUCGCGAGACUCCUUUUACGAUCUGAUACGGGAGAACGAGGACGGCAUCAAGUUCGCUGACGACGAUGACGAGUAUAUCGACAACCGAACGAACCUGUGAAAUCUAAAAUGCAAAAAUGUAUACAAUACGAAACUACCCCUAUUGCGUCUUAAGGAGCAGCUCUUUUGUGAUUAUGAUACUUCGACCCAUCCAUAUAGUUUUAAGAACAAUGUUACCGUCGUCACUUUGAGGCUGAUGCCAAAGCUAAUGGAAUUACAAAAUGACCACGCUAUAUUGUCACUCCAUAGUUGGAUAACACUUACUUGGUCUGACCCGCAUCUUACUUGGACACCGAGCGAUUAUGAUGGGAUCAAUUAUAUUCAUGUAAAGAAUUCGCAGAUCUGGAUGCCCGAUUUAUGUGUCUAUAAUUCUGGCGAUAUGUUAGAUAAUCAACUUGAGUUACCUACGACAGAAUGUUUGCUCUUCAGCGAGGGAUCCAUCAGUUGCGUGCCAGCUGUGAAAUUUGUGGUCAAAUGCGAUCCUGAUUACACCUAUUUUCCUUAUGAUAAAUAUCAAUGUCGCAUUACGUUCGGUUCAUGGAAGCAUACAGGGCUGGAAGUCGAUUAUCAGAUAAGUAAAGAUGGAAUUAAUAUGGACGACUAUGAGAAUAACACGAUAUGGGAUCUCAAAUUUAUAAACGCAGUGAAAGAGAGAAAAACGCUUAAAUGCUGUCCGAAUGACACUUUUUCAAGUAUCGAUUACAACUUCUUAUUGACACGGUACAAAGGCAGAAAACACAUAACUGUUGUUGUACCUGCCAUUGUUUUGAUAUUUCUUACUCUCACGGUGCUUUGCUUGGAUCCAAAAUCGAUGGAGCGAUUUGCGUUAGCAAGCGUAAAUUUUACUUGUCACCUGCUCUGUCUUUACUUUAUUCACUGGCAAUUACAGUACAACGGUGUUAAUACACCUAAAAUAUUUAUAUUCUAUGGUCAGUCCGUCGCUUUGGCUACCUUUGCCAUUAUCCUAACAAUUUUGUUACGCAAAUUGGAAGACAUGAACACGGAAAUGCCAAAUUGGAUUUCAUCUAUUACAAUGAUCAUCUUGAGCAACAGAAUUGGUCGUUUUCUGAUUUUGAAAGACAGCGAGAUCAAGAUUGCAGAUGAAAAUACAGAAGCUGAAGCAAACGUGAAUGUUCCAAAAUCUGAAACAAAACUGAAAGGAUCAUCUUGGAAUCAUUUUGCCACUAUUAUCGAUUGGUUGUCUUUUAUCUGCGUGAUCCUUACUUACAUCAUCAUGCUAAUUAUGUUUGUACCUGCCAUGAAAUUGGCAGAGGACGUUGUGACACGAGGAUGUAAAAAUCUGGAAGAUACAACUCCAUUAUUGCGUCUUAAAAAAUAUCUUUUUUGUACGUAUGAUAGUACUGUUCGUCCAAAUCAUCACAAAACGGUUACUAAUGUCACUCUUAGAUUGAUGCCAAAGAUGAUGGAAUACACCGGGGACAGUGGAAUACUAACACUCCAUAGUUGGAUGUCAUUUUCCUGGACAGAUACGCAUCUUACUUGGACACCAAGUAAUUUUGACGGUAUCACUUAUAUUCACGUGAAGUCCUAUGAACUCUGGAUGCCCGAUCUAUGUGUUUACAACUCUGGUGAUAUGUCGAAUGAUCUACUUGAGAUGCCUACAACAGAUUGUUUGGUAUUUAAUACGGGUUCCGUAAUUUGCGUGCCGGCUGUGAAAUACAUAUCCAAAUGUGACGGCGAUUACACUUAUUGGCCUUACGAUCAACAAAAGUGUCGUAUUGUAUUUGGCUCAUGGUCAUAUGCGGGAGAAGAAGUCGAUUUCCAUUUGGACGGAAAUGGAAUUAACAUGGACAGCUAUGAAAAUAAUACAUUGUACGAUUUGAAGUUUGUGGAUGCAGUGAAACACGUUAACAAGUAUAGAUGUUGUCCAAACGACACUUUCCCGAGGAUUGAUUAUACAUUUAUGUUAAUUCGACAUUACGGUAUAAAUCAUAAAACUGUCAUCACACCGGCAAUCGCUUUAAUAUUACUCACUUUAACGGUGCUUUGGUUGGACUCGAGAUCAGUCGAACGAACCGCGGUUGCAAGUGUAAAUUUGAUUUGCCAUCUACUCUGCCUGUACGAUUUGCAUUGGCAAAUGCCAUAUAAUGGUAUUAAUCCUCCUAAUAUAAUGCUGUUUUAUCGCGAUUCCUUGGCAUUGGCUACCUUUGCAUUAAUUUUGACCACUUUGUUGCGCAAACUGCAAAAUAUGAGUACAGACAUGCCAAAUUGGAUCUCAUCCAUGACAAUGUUCGUCAUAAACAAUAGAGCUGGUCGUUUUCUAAUACUAAAUGACGAAGAGUCCAAGAUAGCAGCAAGUAUGAGUUGCAACGAUGUCGAGAGCAAAUCUACUAUAUUACGACUGAAAAGGAAUCUCCUCUGCGAGUACGAUUCCGAUGUAAGACCGGUCCAGAACAACAAUAACAAGACGCGAGUAACAUUCAGUAUGGUACCACAUUUUCUUCGCUUUAAUAACGAAGAAGAACUUUUCGAACUACAUACGUGGAUAUCUAUGACAUGGAAUGAUUCACAUUUGACUUGGGAUCCUGAACAAUAUGAUAAUAUCAAUUGGAUUUCUGUACCAGGCCAUCAAAUUUGGGUGCCGGAUAUUUCAAUAUAUAACGAACGAAUUGAAGAGAGCUCUAUGGGUUAUAAUCAGGCGAAAGCUUGGGUCACACAUCAGGGAAAGAUUCAAUGGUUAACGGCAGCAAAAUAUGCUACAUAUUGUUUCGCGGAUAAUACAUGGUGGCCAUACAAUACUAUGAACUGUACCAUACAAAUUGGAUCGUGGUCACAUUCCGGUGACGAAAUCGAACUCGUUUCUGCGCUGAAUAUGUUAAUGGAAAUACAAUCCAAAGAUGUUGAGUGGGAUUUAUUGAAAAUGUACAUAACAAAAUGGGAAGGCCAAUAUAAGAGUAAUGCGGGUUCCACAGCUGAAAUGCUUUCUUAUCAUUUUAUUCUAAGAAGACAUUGGGGCAUCAUACGCAUUGCAUAUAUAUCGCCUACUAUAGUGUUAAUGGUUAUGACUCUGAUGGUAUUGUGGCUAGAACCGAAAUCUUUUGAGCGGAUGGUGAUUGCUAAUCUCAAUUUCAUUUGUCAUUUAUUAUGUAUACAUGACAUACAUUGGGAAGUACCGAAGAGCGGUUUUAACGUUCCUAAACUAAUCGUCUUUUACGAAAGCUCUUUCGCGAUAGCAUCGUUUGCUUUAAUACUUACUAGUAUUCUGCGACACUUGCAAGAAUUGACCACCGAGCCACCCACAUGGAUUUCAAGCAAUACAACGUCCAUAUUGCGCAGUAGAAUUGGACAGAUUCUUCUGGUCAGCAUCUUGGAUCCAGCUGUAACAGCAAAGAUAGAAAUUGAUGCGGAUGAUAAUACCGAUCUUGUACAGUCAAAUAAUAAAAAAUCGCCAUGGAGAUACGUCAUAAUACUCAUAGGCUGGUUUGCAUUUUUAAGUGUACUUCUCGCCUAUAUUGUGUUGCUAAGCACGUGUUUUCCUUCAUAUUAUACUGUAAUAUUAUAAAUCCUUAAUGUAGAUAUUUAAAUAGCAUAAGUGUUUAUUAAAGAUAUAUUUUAACAUUAUAAAAUAAUUAUCUCUCAUAAUAAACAAAUAUAAUAAAAGUAUACUGGAUAAAUUCAUAGCUAUGCAGUUCGAAAGACGAUAAGAUAAGAGAAACACUGACUAGUUUUCUCUUAUAAAUAUAUUUAUAUUGUAAAAUCAAAUUUGCUUUAAAAAUUUG